UUUCUGUUUUGCAUUGAUUUGAUUGCUUAGCCUCUGCGAGUUUGGCCGGACUGGACACACCUCGCCCUACACCACUGCCUCUCCUCUUCCUCAUCAACGCCACCAACAAAGUGUAUUGUGUUGUGUCGCCGGCGCGCUCUCCAGGGAGAUGUCCGCUGGGCCUGACACAGUUUAGGAAGAGCUUUCCCCCACGGAGCCUCAUCAAGGACACGACCACGGUUCUCGACGCGCUCUUUCAGCGGCAACUGUCAAAGCUGCUCCUCACUUUAAACACGGAGCUGUAUGGUGGAGGUAACCGCGAUGUGUGUGGAGGCAGCCCGAGGCGAGGACGGACAGGAGAUGCCUUCUGGCUAGCGGCGCGGACGUUAUCUGGACAACAGCCAGCUCGAUCAACACACAUCAUUUAGCACGUUAGUCCGAAGCGCAUCAUUGUGGUGUUGUCUUUAGUGUUGUUGUUGACAGCCUGUUAUCAGACAGUUGGUAUUAACAAUAAAUAUGCCGAAACAGCGGUCACUUUGUUAGCUAACCGUUAAAAUCUGUCUUCGAGUCAACUGACUACAACUUUUCAGUUAUCUUGCGCGCGAGGCACGACAUCAAGCUAGCUCUGCGUCAACAUCAUAACAACUAAAUCCAGCUGCCUGGCCCCAACUCACGGACACACACCACUGCAGGCGUUCAACUAUAAGUUAAAUAUUUAACGCAGAUGGGUGAACAAACUUGACUAACUAUCACUCAAGGGGAAAAAAAGUGUGUAACGGGACAAUUGAGCCGCUUAACUAAGACGUUCAAUUUUGGGUUUAAGCGCCCGCUGAACCGUGAGAACCACACCGAGAGAGGACUGCUGACCAUGGAGGGAAACGUACAGCAACAGAAAACGACACCUUUAGCCCGGGAACUGACGAGGACAUUUAACAGCUACAACAAACACACCAUUCAGCUGAAGAAGAACUUAAAGGAGACCAACGCAUUCUUCAGGGAAAUAAGGCAAAAUUACAGCAAUGUGUGUGCAUCCACCGUGAGCUCGGAUUCAGCUUCUUUUGAGGCAGGCCAGCUCAGAUGCAUCUCUUUCCCCAGCCACGAGGAAGAGUUCCUGCGUAACACAGUGGGCGCUGCCCCGUACAUCCUGGUACUCGGCCAGGACUGUGCCGCCCGCUACCGGCUGCUUAACUGCCUUCUGGGGGAGAGGUUGCUGCCGCUGGGCCCAGAGGCUGGAGAGGCUUGUGAAGGAGUCCAGGGUACUGUCUGCAAGAGGCGGAAGCUGUGCUUCACCCAUGGGAGACAGACGCGGCUCAGCUUGGCACUGCCGGGCCAGUAUGAGCUGGUGCACCAGCUGGCGGCUAACUGUGGUCGCUGGGACACGGUACCCCGGGAAGACCUGGAGAUCCAUGAGGAAUGUGAGGAUCCGGCCCACAGGCUAGCAGAGCUGGAGAUCACCCUACAUCACCCACUACUACAGGAAGCGAAGGUCAUGGUGGUGCCUUGUCCGAGUGUCCAGCCAAUAGAAGAGGCCCUGGCAGACUGCACCCGCACUGUCGUCCCCAUCAUACUCUAUGCCAUCAACCAGGACUCGCUAAGCACUGACCAUGUGGCUGAGCUGUGGAAGGUCAAAGAGAUGCUCUGCUUUCCUGUCUGUUUUAUCCGUAUUCCUGACACAAUGCCAGCAGCCUCUCCAGAACCCGGCCGCCGUGCAGAGAGGGAAAAGGAGAGAGAUAAGGAGAGGAGCGCCCUCCAUAAGCAGCUACUCUCCCUCGGCCUUCUUCGUACCCCAGUAGGACACUGCUCCUGUGGCGCCCCGACACAGACGCCCACCAUGGGUGCCAAGCCCCAGAGCGUGCUGGGCGAGGCUUUCGAAAGGCUGCAUCGGUUGCUGGUGCCUUUUACUCGCCAGGUGCUUCAAAACCAGCAGGUGGAGGCUGCGAACCUGCUUAAUGGGGUUCAUUGUCGCUGUCUAGAUCUUUUCAUCAACCAGGCCUUUGACAUGCAGAGGGACCUGCAGAUAACCCCCCGCAGAUUGGAGUACACCCGUGAGAAAGAGGGGGAACUCUUCACCUCCCUGAUGGCCAUUGCUAACCGCAAACAGGAAGAGAUGAAGGAGAUGAUUGUGGAAACACUCGGCAGCAUGAAAGAGCAGUUGCUGGAGGAUGCCGCCAAUCUGGAGUUUACAGACGUCAUCGUAGCAACUAAUGGAGAGCCUGUUACGUCAAAGGAGUUCAAAUCUUGCAUCCACCAGAUCCAGGAGCUGAUCGUGGUUCGUUUGAAUCAGGCCGUGGCCAAUAAGCUGAUCAGCUCUGUGGACUAUCUCCGGGAGAGCUUCGUAGGAACUCUGGAGCGAUGUCUCAACAGUCUGGAGAAGUCACACAUGGAUUCCUCUGUCCACAACAUCACUUCCAAUCACCUCAAACAGUUAUUGAAUGCUGCCUAUCAUGUGGAGGUCACAUUUCAUUCUGGAUCCUCCGUCUCAAGACUCUUCUGGGAGCAAAUCAAACAGAUAAUCCACAGGAUAACGUUUGUGAACCCUCCUGCCGUCUCUCCGGAGUGGAAGCGGAAAGUGGCCCAGGACGCCAUAGAAAGUCUCAGUGCUGCUAAACUGGCCAAAAGCAUUUGCUCCCAGUUCAGAACCCGCCUGAACUGCUCCCACGAGGCCUUCGCAGCGUCUCUGCGCCAGCUGGAGGAAGGCCACACGGGGCGUCUGGAGCGCACUGAGGACCUGUGGCUGCGCGUGAGGAAGGACCACGCCCCUCGGCUGGCCCGCCUGUCUCUGGAGAGCCGCUCCCUCAGGGACGUGCUGCUGCAUGGCAAGCCGAAGCUCGGGCGAGAGUUGGGUCGGGGUCAGUACGGAGUUGUGUACCUGUGUGACAGUUGGGGAGGGCACUACCCAUGUGCCUUGAAGUCUGUGGUACCACCUGACGAUAAACACUGGAACGACCUGGCGUUGGAGUUUCACUACACAAGGUCCCUGCCGAAGCACGAGCGGCUGGUGGACCUGCACGGCUCCGUGAUCGACCACACGUAUGGAGGCGGCUCCAGCAUCGCUGUGCUGCUCAUCAUGGAGCGGCUGCACAGAGACCUCUAUACGGGCUUGAAGGCCGGUUUAUCACUGAGAGAGAGACUUCAGAUCGCCCUGGAUGUGGUGGAGGGGAUCCGCUUCCUGCACGGUCAGGGCCUCUUGCACAGAGACAUAAAGCUAAAGAAUGUUCUGCUGGACAAACAGAAUCGUGCAAAGAUCACCGAUCUGGGCUUCUGUAAACCAGAGGCCAUGAUGUCUGGCAGCAUCGUUGGAACGCCGAUCCACAUGGCUCCGGAGCUUUUUACAGGAAAGUACGAUAACUCGGUUGAUGUUUACGCCUUCGGGAUCCUCUUCUGGUAUCUCUGCACUGGUUCAAUUAAACUCCCAGAAGCCUUUGAGAAAUGCUCCAGUAAGGACCAGCUGUGGAAUAAUGUUAAAAAAGGAGCUCGACCUGAGCGGUUGCCCACUUUUGAUGAGGAAUGUUGGCAGCUGAUGGAGGCGUGCUGGAACGGGGACCCUUCCCAGAGGCCCCUGCUCGGUAUUGUGGAGCCCAGCCUGCAAAGCAUCAUGGUCCGGCUCUGCAACUGCAGCUCGGAACAGAAAAGCAGCCUCGACGACUCCAACUGAGACGACUCCAGACAAACUAACACGUGUGUGACAGGGUUUCUGAUCAGGAAAUAGUGUUUCUUGUAUUUAUAAAGUACGGAGAGGAACAGGUGACAAAUGAAUAAUGUUUGAGCUGUCCUCCUUUUGUUGGAUUUACAUUAUUUAUUUGGAGUUGACACAGAUCUGACGUUUGAAACUGUGUGUUUUAUUGUGUGUGCUUUGUGCAUUUGUAUACAAACUCUUCAACAUCCUUAUGACCUAAUUGCCGUGCUAAUUGCUGCUUGGUCAUAGAAUUGUUAUUAGAUGCAAAUUGUUUUUAAAAUAAUCCAUUCCCAGUGUUAUAACAAAUAUAUAAAAGAUUAAUUUUAGAUUGUAUUUAAACUGAACAUGUCUGCAUAUUUACAAAUACAUUUUUUUUUAAAUAAAAUGAUCUUUUACAUCUCGAGUGUAACAUCAAUGGUUUUAUGAGGUAAGAAUGAUCAUUUAUUUGUAAAUGCGUGGCUUGAGACUCGUUAAAACAUUGUCAACUUGCAACACCUCUUCACUGGUGGCAUGUGCACCGAGUUUAUCAAACGGAAACGUCUACGACACAACUAACAAACUUCUUUCAGGAGCUGCUCUCUCAUUCUAUAGGUCACUGUUCUAGGUCAUUCACCAUGUGCCUGGACACAGAGUAGUUCCGAAGCCACUCCUUUGUUAUUUUAUCUGUGUGCUUAGGGUCAUUGUCUUGUUGGAAGGUGAACCUUCGGCCCAGUCUGAGGUCCAGAGCACUCUGGAAGAGGUUUUCUUCGAGGAUAUCUCUGUACUUGGCUGCAUUCAUCUUUUCUUCAAUUGCAACCAAGUUUUUCUUUUUUAAUACAUUUUUAAUUAUAUAUAUAUAUAUAUAUACUAUACUACAUAUUGUAGUUUCCAGCCAUAUAAACUGGAUGUUUUAUUACUCUUUCUGGAAGCUGUAUCUCAACCCGUCAGACCAACAGAAGAGGGAGGGACCCUCCCUUUGUGUCUCUGACCCAAGACUAAUUUGUGCUAUAAUGUUGAGAUUAUCUUUAUUCAUGCAGUUAUGAUGCAUUUGUUGUGUAAUUGUUUGAUUUAUUAAAUCUCUAAUUGAUCAAGUA